GGCCGGGCGCGGGAGGACCGCGGAGAAGCCAUGGGUGCCGGGAGCUCCACCGAGCAGCGGAGCCCGGAGCAGCCGGAGGUGGGCAGCGGGGCGCCGGCCGAGCCCGAGCCCAGCGGCGGCAGCCCGGGGGCGGAGGCGGCGCCGGGAGCUCCGGGGGACCCGGACCUCGCGGCCGCGGACCCGGCCACCAAGCUCCUGCAGAAGAAUGGUCAGCUGGCCACCCUCAACGGCUUAGCUGAGCAGGAAGAGCUCGCCCCCCAGGAGGGAGCCCUGAAUGGCCAGGAGGAAGAAGUCAUUGUCCCAGAGGUUGGACAAAGAGAAUCUGAAGAUGUGAAUGAAAGAGAUUCCGAUAAAGAGAUGGCUGCCAACUCAUCGGUUGUUCAGGACAUCACAAAGGAUGGGCAGGAGGAAAUGCCUGAAAUAAUUGAGCAGAUUCCUUCUUCGGAAAGCAAUUUGGAAGAGCUAACACAGCCUGCUGAGUCCCAGACUAAUGAUGUUGGAUUUAAGAAGGUGUUUAAGUUUGUUGGCUUCAAAUUCACUGUGAAAAAGGAUAAGAGCGAGAAGUCCGACACGGUCCAACUACUCACCGUCAGGAAAGAGGAAGGUGAAGGAGCGGGAGAAUCAGAUGGGGCCGGUGACCACCAAGAGCCCAGCCGGGAGGCCGGAGAAGCAACUCCCAAAGAGAGCGAACUGAAACAAUCUACGGAGAAACCCGAGGACACUCUGAAACCAGAGCAGAGCAGCGCGGACGUUUCUCUCCAAACCGAGUCUGGUCAAGCGGCCGAGGAAGGCAGAGAUGGAGAAGAAAAACAAGAAAAAGAACCAACCAAAUCUCCAGACUCUCCCACCAGUCCAGUGGCCAGCGAAACGGCGUCACCCUUCAAAAAAUUCUUCACCCAAGGCUGGGCCGGCUGGCGGAAAAAGACCAGUUUCAGGAAGCCCAGGGAGGAGGAGCUGGAAGCUUCGGAGAAGAAAAAGGAACAAGAGCCAGAAAGAGGAGACACAGAAGAAAAGGAAAAGACGGAAGACACCUCUGAGAAACUGGCUGCUUCGGAACAGCCACAGCCACAGGAGGCCACAGACCGGGUUCACGAUGCCAGGCUGUCGGCUGAAUAUGAAAAGGUGGAGCUGCCCGCUGAAGGUCAAGGGCAGGCAUCCCCUGAAGAGAGGCCCGCCCCUUUAGCAACGGAAGUAUUUGAUGACAAAGUAGAGAUCGUUGCAGAAGUCCACGUGAGCAGGGCAGAGAGUGCAGAGCAGCAGAAAGCUGAGGCGGAAGAGACAGAGGAGCCCCCACCGGCUGAAAAGUUGGCUGAAACCGAUGCUGAGCCUCAGGAAGCUGAACCUCCAGUGGGUGCCCCCGGGGGGGACUCCACCCAGCCCCCCGAGGCAAGUCCUGAUGAGAAGGCGCUGUCUGCCCAGCCGGAAGGCAUCGUGAGCGAGGCGGAGAUGCUGGCCUCGCAGGAGAGGGUGAAGGUGCAGGGAAGCCCUCUGAAGAAACUGUUCACGAGCACCGGCUUAAAAAAGCUUUCUGGGAAGAAGCAGAAGGCGAAGAGAGGAGGGGAUGAAGACUCCGGCGAACAGCCUGCGGUCCAGGCCGAUUCUCCAGAGAGCCCCGAGGAGCAGAAGGGCGAGAGCUCGGCUUCCUCCCCGGAGGAGCCCGAGGAGAUCACGUGUCUGGAGAAAGGGAUCGCGGACGCAGCCCAGGAGGGGGACGUCGAGGAGGGAGCUACUUCCGACGGGGAAAAGAAGAGAGAGGGUGUGACGCCCUGGGCAUCUUUCAAAAAGAUGGUGACGCCCAAGAAACGGGUCCGGAGGCUCUCCGAAAGCGACAAGGAGGAGGAGCUGGAGAAGGUCAAGAGCGCCACGCUGUCUUCCACGGAGAGCGCGGCCUCGGAGGCGCAGGAGGAAGGAAAGGGCCCCGGGGAGGAGCCGAAGCCGGAGGAGCCGAAGCGCAAGGUUGACACUUCCGUGUCCUGGGAAGCUCUGAUUUGCGUGGGAUCGUCCAAGAAAAGAGCAAGGAAAGCAUCCUCUUCCGACGAGGAAGAAGGACCCAAACCGACGGCCGGAGAAGGCCCAAAACCGGACGACGCAGGGAAAGACCGAGACGCAGGACCAGAGGCCGUCCCCACCGGCUCCCAGGAGCACGACCCAGGGCAGGGAAGCUCCUCCCCUGAGCAAGCGGGGAGCCCCUCCGAAGGGGAGGGCGUCUCCACCUGGGAGUCCUUUAAACGACUGGUCACCCCGAGAAAAAAAUCCAAGUCCAAACUGGAGGAGAAAACCGAGGAGCCUGGAGCUGGGGCUGGUGUGGAACCCGCAGCGGCCGAGGGGGAGCCCGGGAAAGAAGAGUCUUGGGUCUCCAUUAAGAAGUUCAUUCCUGGCCGGAGGAAGAAAAGGGCGGAUGGGAAACAAGACCAAGCCCCCGCCGAGGAGGUGGGGCCCCCGGAAGCCCACGAAGACGAUCCCGACGUCCCGGCCGUGGUCCCGUUGUCCGAGUACGAUGCGGUGGAAAGGGAGAAGCUGGAAGCGCAGGAGGCCCGCCAGCGGGAGGAGAAGGCGGAGCAGAAGGGGGCGGUCUCUGUGUCGGAGGAGCUCAGCCAGAGUCUGGUUCACACCGUGACUGUGGCUGUCGUCGAUGGGGCGAGGGCCGUUACCAGUAUUGAAGAGAGGUCGCCUUCCUGGAUCUCCGCUUCAGCGACAGGGCCUCUGGACCCAGCAGAAGAGGAAGCCGGGCCACCCACGGGGGCAGGGGGGUUGGACAGAGAGGUCAGGGCAGAGGAGACCCCCGUCGUCGCCCCAGCCCUGCCUGAGAGCCGAGAUGCCGGUGAGGACACCAUGGCCGGUGAGGACACCGUGGCCGGUGAGGACACCGUGGCCGGUGAGGUGGAACUGACUGCCGAGGCCGUGACCGCUGCGGAGCCCACGGAGGCAUCUGGUGCCGAGGAGGCCACCGAAGCGUCUGGUGCCGAGGAGACCACCGACAUGGUUUCGGCCGUCUCCCAGUUAAGUGAGUCCCCAGACACCACCGAGGAGGCCACGCCAGUUCAGGAGGUGGAGGGCGGCCAGCCCGACGCGGAGGGCCAGGAGAGGCGGACCCAGGAGGUCCUGCGGGCGGUGGCAGAAAGGGUUAGAGAAGCGUCACAGCUUGAUGUCAGGGGCCCGGGGGCCACGACUCAGACCACGCGGAGAGUGGGAUCCCAGCUGCCAGGGGUGGCAGAGACCGAAGAGGAUCCUCCCGUGUCGGAGCUGCAGGAAGAGGUGGACGUGGUGGUGCAGGCACACGCAGGAGAAACGCAAACUGAGAAUCUGCCCCAAGGGAAGGUCUCUGGACAGGCCACCCCAGAACACGCUGAAGAAGUCCCUCAAGUCCCCGCCGAGAGUGUCGCGUCCAGCGAGCUCAUCCCCCCCUGCCAAGCCGCAACCCUGGUUGGGGUCAAAUCAGAGAUCGUCCUGGAACAGGCUGUUGGCCCUGACUCGGCCGAAACCCUCACAGACAGCGAGGCCAGUGGAAGCACCCCCGUGGCCGACUGUGAAGCUCCCCAUGCCACACGGCCAGACAAGGCCACGGAAGUCCACGCAGAGGCCGCAGGUGCAUCCGGUACGAAGUCGCAGGUCGGGGAGGCCCAGGCAGUUCCUGCGCUGAAAGAGACGCCUCCAGCACCCUCCGGGCUUCAAUCCCAGGAAGAAAAGAAAGAACACUCAGAAACUGAAGGGGGUCCAGAACAUACGGAGAAAGAGGUACCAGUGGAGACUGUACCCAUUCUUUCAAAGGCUGAGGUGACUCCAGGGGCCGGCCAGUUUGCCGAUGAGGAGUCCAACGACGUACCGUUUGUUGAAGGACUUGAAGUGUCUGCAGACACAGACAUAACGGCGAGUCAGAAAAAGACCAUUGACGUUGCCCUUAAAGAUGAAGUUACUGAAGAAGCUGAUUGUCAGAAGAAUGAAAAGACUGGAUUCCCGAGUCCUGCUCAGGCUCUUCCAGCCCCAGCGGGGAGAGAGAUGGUAGUGCAAGUGGAAAGGGAGGAAACGGAAGCCAAGGCACCCCAAGUGAGUCAAGAGAAACUUGAGCCCAAACCAGUGGAAGUGCUCAGCCAGCAGCUGCUCCAGACAGUUCACGUGACCGUCAUAGACGGGGAGAAGGAAGUUAUCCGUUUUGAAGAAAGCUCUCCUUGGCUAGUUCAAGAGGAAGCACUCUGCACAGACAUUCAAGUUCAAAGCUCGGAGGCAUCAUUACCUCUAACGGCUGCGGCCGUGGAGGAGAAGGUCUUAGGAGAAACGGUCAAGCUUUUGGAAGCAGCUGGACCUUUGGAGUCUGCAGAUGCACGUUUGGAACCGGAAGCAAAGCCCUCUGACCAAGAAGGCGUUGUUGGUCAGGCAGGGGAAGGUGCAGCGCCCACAGGCCCUGAGUCUCAGGCAGCGUCGGCCCCCGUCACCGCACCCGCCACCCCUGCAAAAGGCGUGGGUGCUGACCUGGAAGGAGAGGAAACCACCUCCCGGGAAGGGGAGUCUGAAGAAGACUGCGAGCAGGUUAGCGGUCAGGGAGUCAGGGGGAGUGAAACGAGAGAGGAAGGUUUAAAGGCCGAAAAGGAGAUUUUGCAACUCAAGACUGAGAGCCACAAACUUGUGCAAAACGUCAUUCAGACAGCCGUUGACCAGUUCGUAAGCGCCGAAGAGACAGCCACCGACUGCCCGACAGCGGCCCAGCUGACCGAGGCUGACCAUCAGGAAGCUGACCAGAAAAUUGAAAAAGAAGAAAGGGAACUUCAGGGCUCGGCAGAGGCUGAAGCAGCCCAAGAGGAGCCCGCACUGACCACCGUGGGGCAGACCCCCUCCGAUCUUUCCAAAGACGGGAACGCAGCUGCAGAGGAGGCCACGGCCGUGGAGGUCAGAGGCUCCCAUGUAAAUACCCAGCAGCUUGAAGAGCUCGUCCUCCCAACCCAGGACAAGAGAGAAGCAACCGGAACCAAGUCUGAGCCAGAAUUUGGUGAUCGUGCCAGCUUGGGAGAAAGAACAGAGAAUGAACCCCAAGAAGAUGAAAGAUGUGACGCCGUCGAUUACCCUGAGAACCAAAUCUCAGCCCUGGUAGACCCUGAGGCCUCGGGAGACUUAACCAAAGAGUCCCCGGAUGCCAAUGGACCAAAACUAAAAGAGAAGGAAGUGGGAUUUCAGGAAGGAAAAGGGCAGAGCGCGCCAGAAAAAGAGAUCAAACCACAAACACAGGAGGAGACACAGGAACAAGAGAGGCAGCCAGCAACGCCAGAACUCGCAGAGUCCUAAAACGCCAUUUACACGAGUGUCUUUGCAAGACCAGAAUGUGAAGACAAGUGGUAGAAGAAAAUGAAUGCUGCUGAUGACACCCAAGACCAAGAUUUCAGAACUUUGAGAUCCGAAGAACAGGCCCGCCAACCGAUCUCAUUCCCAGAGAACCCCGACAAUCCUGAGGCUGCAUCGGGAGCUAGAACCAGUUCCUCCUCAAGACCGCCUGUCGCAUCCCCUCGACGCCAUAUCGUGUUUCUCAUCCGAGGUCCUGAAUUCUUCACCUGGAACUGGAGUUGGCAAUACCUAGUUCCACUUCUCAAACUGGAGUAUCAUUCUUUAUGUAUUUAUAUGUAUGUUUUAAGUAAUCCUC